UCUAACUGUAUGUAAUCACCAUUUUAUACUCCAUUCUGCAAAAUUUUGUUUUCUUUGAUAUUUAUUUUAUUUUAUUAUAUAUAUAUAUAUAUAUUAGUCAUAGAUAUUGGGUAAGUGAGAUUCAAACUCGGGAUUAUUGAUUAAGGAAAUAACGGACGAGCCACUGAUCUGUCCCCACGCUGUCUAUUAAUGUGUGAAGUUGAUAAAUUAACUUAUUGUGGGGUCUAAUUAAAGUUCAAAUGAUCCAACAUGUAGUAAUAUGUUUUUUCUUAAUUCCUUGGGCUGUUCAUGCAGGACAUGUUCAUUGCAUGGAUAGAUACAUCAGCUGCAAGUCUAGAAUGGAUAAUGGCAGAGCUGAUGAAGAAUUCAGUAGUCAUGAAGAAAGCACAAGAUGAGGUAAGACAAGUAGUUUCCAAGGAAAGAAAAGGGAAAGUGGAGGAAAAUGAUCUUUCAAAACUAGUUUACUUAAAGUUCGUGAUCAAAGAAAGGUUUAGACUCCACCCACCAGCACCAUUACUAGUUCCAAGAGAAACCACAGAGAGCUUUGAAAUUGAAGUGUACAACAUUCCGUCCAAGACUAGGGUCUUUGUGAAUGCAAUAAUGAUAGGGAAAGACCCAAAAUAUUGGGAAAAUCCAAAUGAGUUCCAACCUGAGAGAUUCAUGGAUAGCUCAAUGGAUUUUAGAGGACACAACUUUGAGUUAUUGCCAUUUGGUUUUGGAAGGCGAGGUUGUCCUGGAAUCAACUUUUCAGUGUUGCAUAUUGAGCUUGUAUUGGCUAGUCUUUUGUAUUGUUUUGAUUGGGAGCUUCCUCAUGGGAUGAAAAGAGAAGAUCUUGAUAUGGAAGAAGCAUUUGGGAUCACAAUGCAUAAGAAAGUCCCUCUUUGCCUAUGUGCAACACCAUUUACAUAGUGAUUACCAAGAAAAGAAAAAGAAGAAGGAAAAACCAUUUACAUAGCUAUAUAUUCAUAAAAAUUAAAAAUUAAAAAAAAAAAAGAUUUAUAUACAUUAUUAGGUUGCAAGUCUAUUAUAGUAUGGUCUGUUACCAAAGAUUUGAUAUCAUGUUAAGUUGUUGUCUAUCCCAAAAGCUAUAGCUACUAGAAAAUAAGUCAAACAAUUAAUAUAUAUCGAGCCUAUUUACCAGCAUGGUUUAGCUAUAUGGACAAUUUGUCUCAAUUUUUUCAAUUCAAUAAACUAUGAAUGAACUAAUUGCUGUAUUGCUAGGACCAUGUUAUUUGGACUGUGAAAUUUCAUAGCUUGGUAUAGA